ACCCCACUCCCUCCCUCUCUCCUGCUGGCCAGGCGCUCAUAACUUAUUUUGGCGACCACGAAGAACCCUCGUGCUGUGAUCUGGAUAGGAACGACCUCCGUGGGUGAGAACGGUAGACUCCCGUGAUGCGUCAGACCCCUUUUCCCGAAACUGGCCCAGUUUCUGAUCGAUCCCGAGGCAGUCAUGGCUUUCCCUCCCCUACAGCAGCCUAGCUUUUUGCUGGCCAGCCUGAAGGCAGAUCACACGAACAAGCCCUUCAACCAGAGAUGCCACGACCUGGUGAAAAUCAUCGACGAUUUUCCAGCCAAGGAGCUGCACGCGAUAUUCCCGUGGCUGGUGGAGACCAUCUUCGGCAGCCUGGACGGCAUCCUCCUCGGCUGGAAUCUCCGCUGUCUGCAAGGACGAGUGAACCCCACCGAGUUCAACAUGGCCGUGGAGUUCCUCGACCCGAGCGGCCCCAUGAUGAAGCUGGUGUACAAAUUGCAAGCUGAGGAAUAUCGAUACGACUUCCCCGUCUCCUGCCUCCCCGGCCCCGUGAGAGUCUCGAUUCAGGAACGCGUCCUGCCAGAGUGUCCUCUGUACCACAACAAAAUCCAGUUCCCGCAGGCAGGUGGCCUGGGCUUGAACUUGGCCCUGAAUCCAUUCGAGUACUAUAUGUUCUGCUUCGCCCUGAGCCUCAUCACCCAGAGGAGCGCUCCCUUGUCCCAUCACGUCCGCACCUCCGACUGCGCCUAUUUCGUCCUGGUGGACCGCUACCUGACCUGGUUCCUGCCCACGGAGGGCAACGUCCCCCCGCCGCCUUCCUCCAACCCCGGGGGUGCCAUCCCUCCGCCGACCCCCAGAUCCCCGGCGAUGCCAUUCAGUUCAUACGGCCUGCACCACACCAGCCUGCUGAAGCGCCACAUCUCUCACCAGCCAUCGGUGAACGCCGAUCCCGCCUCCCAGGAGAUCUGGAGGUCUGAGACCCUGCUCCAGGUCUUCGUGGAAAUGUGGCUGCACCACUACUCUCUGGAGAUGUAUCAGAAAAUGCAGUCUCCUCACGCCAAGCUGGAGGCUCUCCACUACCGACUAAGUCUCUCCAACACCUUCCACAGUCUUCCUGCCCAAUCCAGUUACCAGGCCCUCCACGCAUACCAAGAAUCAUUUAAACCCACGGAGGAGCACGUUCUGGUGGUGAGACUGUUCGUGAAGCACUUGCACGCUUUCUCCAACAGCCUGAAGGCUGAACAGACACCUCCGACUGCCCAUUCCCACACAGCCAGCCCCUUGGAGGAAUUCAAACGAGUGGUGAUUCCCCGGUUUGUCCAGCAGAAACUCUACGUCUUCCUACAGCACUGCUUUGGCCAUUGGCCCCUGGACGCCUCCUUCAGAGCCGUCCUGGAGAUGUGGUUGAGUUACCUACAGCCAUGGAGAUACGCACCCGAGAAGCAGUUUCAGAUGGCCGAAACCCAGCCCCGCAGCGUCUCGGAAAGAUGGGCUCCCUUCGUGCAGGAGAACCUGCUGAUGUACACCAAAUUGUUCAUCGGCUUCCUCACCCGGGCCCUGCGGACGGACCUGGUCAGCCCCAAAAACGCUCUCAUGGUAUUCCGCGUGGCCAAGGUGUUCUCCCAGCCAAACCUGGCCGAGAUGAUCCAGAAGGGGGAGCAGCUAUUUCUGGAGCCCGAACUGGUCAUCCCUCACCGCCAACACCGAAUCUACCUGACCCCCAGUUUUGGCGGCAGUUACCUGUCGUCGUGGCCGCCGGCAAUCACCGACGCCUCGUUCAAGGUCAAGAGCCAGGUUUCCAGCCUAGAGGGCCAGGAUUGCCAGUACAAGCAGAUGUUCGGCCUGGAAGUCAGGGACCUGGUGUUUCGGCUCGCCCACAUGAUCGCCCAAGCCAAGCAGACGGCCAGGUCCAUAUCUGACCAGUCGGCCGAGAACGCGGCUGGCCAGUCCUUCUUCUCGUGGCUGCGCUUCGGUUCGGUGGAGGUGAACGGCUCCUUCACGACCAACGACCUCGACGAGAUGGGGCAGGACAGCAUCAAGAAGAUCGACGAGUACCUGGAGAAGGCGCUGGAGUAUCUGUGUCAGAUAUUUCGGUUGAACGAAACCCAGCUGACCCAGCUGAUGAUGAGCGCGGGGACACCCCAGAAUGAAAACGGAAAGAAACAACUCCCUGACUGCGUGAUGAGCGACAAUGGGUUACUUCUCACUCCGCUGGGCAGGUACCAGAUCAUCAACGGCCUCCGCAGGUUUGAGAUCGAGUACCAAGGAGACAGCGAGCUGCAGCCCAUCAGGAGUUAUGAGAACGCCACACUGGUGCGGGUCCUCUUCCGGCUGUCAUCGGCAAUCAAUCGCAGGUUUGCCGGCCUGAUGGAAAACCUCUGCUCCCGGGAAGAUUUCCUAGGCAGCCUGUGCCGCUAUCACCUAACCGACCCGUUCGGGGAGGAGCGAACCAGGAUCAGCCCAGCGGGCCGGCAUCGGACGAGGGUGGCGCCGGGCCCGAGGGUCAGCUUGAGGUUCCUGGCUAGCUACCGGACUCUGCUGUCCCUGUUCCUCCUCGCCUUUGGUAUGUCCCUGUUCUCCAUCGGCCCCGUGGCCUGCACCUUUCUCCUGGCCUUGGGGUACCUCCUUUAUGCCAUCAUAAUGGCUUUCUUCACGGAGAGAUGGAGAACUCAUCAAGACUGAGGCGGUCCCACCUUCCGGCCAGGCACUGCAGAGACACAGAGCGCCCCAAAUUCCUCCGUCAUGCCCCGUUUGGAAAGAGGACUGCGACUAGGCCAGUACUAAACGUCUAAAGUUCUUUGUUGUUGUUUUACUUUUUUUCACGAAGAAAUGAGAUAUUUUAUAAGUAAGGGCUUGGGGGGCAGCCGCGGGGGUUACCAUGAAAACCGACCAGGUACCAUCGGUGUUAAGUGAUUUAUUAUUUUUUUUUCCAACCUGAGGUUCCUAGGAAUCGAGUGGAGCCUGUGAGAGGAGAAAUCCAGACCCACUAAGGCCUUUAAUACAAAGGGGUUGUCCAAACUAGCAAGCCCGGACAGGAGAAGUCAGAACAGGCUCGAGGGAGCUAAGCUUGAAUGAGCCCUUAAUGGGGGAAGAGAGAUUGGGCAGUUUAUAUUUCUGUUGCUUUGAAGGGGUGAUUGUUUUAUUUCAGCCAUGGAGGCACAGGGUAAUGGAGUCCCAGAGCGGGUGGCCGCAUUUUGGACUGAAAGAGUGACCGGCCCACAGCGGGCUGCUGGCCUUACUCCUCAAUCCACCCUCGGGAGAAGCAUCCCUGUCUCCCCCUCUUCUCCCUCAAUCCCGGUUCCCUCAGCUCGAACCUAUCCCCAGCCGGGGAGCCCGGGACCGUGGUGGAGAAGUGGAUCGCCGGGCCAGGCCACCAUCGGCUGAACGAAUGGGCGCCUGGCCGGGCAUUGUGCCCUGCCCUAUUCCUUCCUCUAAGAACGAGUGAUCAUUUGGUCCCACGGGCACCAGGCACCAAAAUGAGUCACUUGGAAAGUUAACUGCCAAAUGUGGAGAAUUCCGUAACUCUCCUGCCGGAUUUUUGUCCUGCCGUCUUUCCCUUUCCCUCCAAAUGGCUUCACCUUAGCAGUCACUACCCCCAAAAGUCAUUUUUCCCGUGCAAACCUACUAAUUGAUUUCUGCGCCUUUUUGUGGGGAGGGGGAGGAGGGAGGGAAUGGAUUCCGCCUCCCCAAAUCCAUGAUUACACAAAAGGGAUGAAUGUUGCUAGGCUCUGCUUUGUUUACUAAAAUUCAGGAGAAUCCUGACAACUAGCUUCUGAUCCAGCCACCGGACUUCAACAGAAUCUCAAGGUUAAGAUACCUGUUUUGUAUUUUUUUUAAUGGAUGAUAACACAUACUUGAAUUCCUUUUUAUAUAUCAGUCAAACAGAUCUGGCCGUGAAUCAGAUGUGACCCAGACUCCUUUUUGGGUACAGGUUUGUCCAGAAAUUGGUAUACAUUAAAAUGUUUGAUUUGUAAAAGUACAGUUCUGGGUCAUGACUUGAUGAUGAUGGUAUUUGCCAAGUGCUUAUUAAGUGCCAAGCACUGUUCUAAGC